AUGUACGCCGCUCAGAAUAUAACGCCAACAGUUUUGGAUGCCAUGAACGGAAAUGUUUCCGAAUGGUAUAACGAAUGCGACAAUGCCAUUAGAAGGUCAGAAAUAGUUCCUGGAACUUACGAAUAUACAACUGCUGUUUCUUAUGGAAACGUAGGUGAGUUUGGAGAAGGUUCUUCAACAACAGUAGAUAUUGCUUGCGACAGGUUUCAUAUUAUUCCUAUUGACAACUCAUUCUUAUACGUGGAACAAGACAUUGAAAUAAAACCUUCUGCCAAGUUGUCUGACAAGAAAGGUUGCAAUGGAAUUUUCUAUGUCGGAUACCAAUAUGCUCCAGAAGUUUUCAUGGGAUAUAAGAUAUAUUCUAACUCUGACUUAGUUCAAACAGUAACAUGGGCAAACUAUGAAUGGUUCGCUUUGAGAAACUCAGUACAACCACAAGCUAGAGAACAAACAGACCAGUAUGCAAAUAUUGAGAAAAUAAGAAGACUUGACCCUAACGUUCCAGGAGUUUAUGUUAACCUUUCUGGUUCAGAUGGAACUGCUGCCACUAAAGUAAAACUGAAACUUAGAGUUCCUUUGUCAUCUUUCCUCAUCUUCAGGUUUUUAAGAUACUUGCCAAACUGGGCAGGAAAAAUUUCUAUUGAACUUACUCCAAGCAAAAAUAACUUAGUCAUUGCACCAACACAAGACCCAUUCAGCAUUACUGUAGCUGGAACUGGUGGAGCCAAGUUCUGUGACUUUUGCAAAGACAAAGUUGACUUAGACUUUGGUUUCUCAAACUUCAACAAUGAAGUAAACUAUUAUUUCAAUGCUGCUGGAACUGCUUGGGACCCAGUUAAGUUUACAUGCGAAAAGUUUGAAUGCAAGAGAAUAGAAAGCAGACUUGCAGUCUAUAUGUUGGACCCAGAUAUUUCAAAUGCUUUAGCUGCCAAAUAUAUUGCAGUUCCACUUAUGUUCCCUAUACACCAAAUAUCU